CUCGGGUUUGAACACCCCCUGCCCCCCGGCGGACCUGCCUCCCCUCCCGCAGCCUGCGCAGCCCCUGCCCCGCCUGCGGGCUCAGCCAGACCCGGGAGCAGCGCACAGGUGAGGCACAGCACCCAGGAUUAUGGCAACUUCUUCCACCUUCUUCUUUCCUUUCCUUUUCCUCUGUGUGCUGGUUCUUUCUGACAUCAGUCUUGCGGUUUCCCUGGAGCCUGGCACAAAGCUCAAAAAUGUCCCAGAGAACAGCAACCAUCUUCAAAACCAAGAGAUGUGGCUGCAGCAGCCCAGAAGUGGGCACCACCACAAGCACAGCUUGGCCAAGAAGGAGAGGGUCCAUGCCAUGCCUUCGAGAGGACAGCCAGCUGGGGAAGAAGCCCUCAGAAUGGGUAGUGGAUCUCCAGCUCUGGAAGAAAUGGUGGCAGAGGGACAGCCAGCAGCCCUGAAACAGAAUAAGGAUAUGUUCCUGGGUUUUGAAUUCCCAUAUCCUGAGAGGGACAACCAGUCCCCUGGGUCUGAGAGAGGAAAGAAGCAGAACCGAGAGCACCGGCGACACAGCCGCAGGGACAGGCUGAAACACCACAGAGGGAAGGCUCCUGAUGCUGGGCCCAGCUCCCUGUACAAGAAACCUGAAAGCUUUGAAGAACAGUUUCAAAACCUCCAGGCAGAGGAAGCUACAAGUCUGACUCCCACCAUGGUUCUCAACACUGCACUGGAACUAGCUGUUUCCACAGAAGAGCCUCCUGUUCUUCCAGCCACAUCACCACGACCACAGGCCCGCCUCAGGCAUGAUGGGGAUGUGAUGCCCACCCUAGAUAUGGCACUCUUUGACUGGACAGAUUAUGAGGAUCUCAAACCUGAAAUGUGGCCAUCUGCUAAAAAGAAAGAGAAACGCCGCAGUAAGAGCCCCAGCAGUGGAAAUGAAACGGUGGCAGCUGAAGGAGAGCCAUGUGACCAUCACCUUGACUGCCUCCCAGGUUCUUGCUGUGACUUGCGUGAGCACCUCUGCAAACCACACAACCGAGGCCUUAACAAUAAAUGUUAUGAUGACUGCAUGUGCACUGAAGGGCUACGCUGUUACGCCAAAUACCAUCGGAACCGGAGAGUGACCCGGAGGAAAGGGCGCUGCGUGGAGCCUGAGUCAGCCAAUGGAGAGCAGGGAUCAUUCAUUAAUGUUUAGGAGGAUGGAACUCCUGCCUGGAUGGUCAGGAGCUGGGGUCAAACUGUUUAUACCUAGUAAUGGGAAUUAGAGGAAAAAGUCAAGGAAAUGACUGAAGCUGCAGGCUCUGAACGUGCCAGGUUUCAACAAGACUGAAGCUCAUGGUAAUUAUAAAUAGAGUGGCCUCAGCCUUUUCCAUACCAGGACUGCAUUCCCCCUCCCUUACCUCAGCACAUUCCUGCCACUGAGUUGGGUCUCCUCUCCAGGUUAGUGAGAGAUGAUCAUGACUGACCUAACAGUCUGAUGGUUCCAGCAAGAAAAGGCUGUGCAGUUUCAUCUUCUCCUCUUAACAGAGGCAAGAUAUGAAAGAUCCUUCAAGUCAAAGGGGAUAUGAGCUUAAACUUUACCCCUUGCUUGAGAAAAAAUGUAGAUCCUCCUUAAGGAUCAGAGGUUCCAAGAGAACAGGAAGCAUGUAGCCUCUAGGUGGAAUCAAAAGAUGGGAAAUGGGUCAGCAGGAAGCUGUCUGCCUAGGUGAGAGGGGAACUUCUGACAGGGCUCUUGCUCUCUGCCUUGUUCACUGCUGCAGACAUACAUUCCCUAGCUGUAACACACUACCACUUCCUUCCUGUCUUUGAGACCAUCCAGUACCACUGCUUUGUUCCUUUCUUGCUUCCAGAGAACCACCUGGCUUCUGCAAGGAUGUGGCAGGACAUCCCAGCCUGCAGCUCUCACUCAUUUAGUUAUACUGCCAAGUCUGCUUUUUUUAAUGAUUAUUUUUAGGAGCUUUCUAGGGAAGUGAUAGUUUUCCUAGUGAGCCAAAAAUAAAGCUUUUGGUAACAGGAGAUAGGGACAGGCUGUUCCAUUGUAGUAAAUUCUGUAACAUGUUGCAUGCGUGUUCCCAUGAUAUGUAA